UGACAGGUUCGGAUGGAGUGGCGUAGGCUUGGCCGCUUCAUUGUGAGGAGGUGCCCCUGAAACUGCAGGUUCCUCCCUCCUUACUGGCUGUGGGCAUCGUGGUGGGGCGGAGUCCAGGUCGGGAUUGGCUUUCUGCAAUUUAGCACACUGAGAAACAAAUGAUGGCCCUGCCUGACAUUUUAUCUCUCUUUUAUGUGCCUUGUUCUGCCAUUCAGCAGAUGUCUUCCAGUCAGCCAAAAACUGCACUUUGCUCUUUGUUUUAGGGGUCUCUCUCUCUCUCUCUCCUUUGUCUCCAAAUUAAGUUUCAGUUGUUCUAACUGUCUGAGGCUAAAACUACCUUUUUCAGGAAAAGCACAUUCUUUAACCCAUACAUCAUAUUGGUUCAAACAUCCUUCCCCAUAAUUCACACACAUAAACGUGAUAUUAGGAUCAACAUAUGAACACCCUGUACAUAGCAGAGCAUGUGUCACAGGAUGUGCUUUGCUACAUGUUUUUCGAAUAUUUUAUUUAUUUAUUUAUUAUUUUUUUCUUUUACAGCUUCUAUAAAUUUCAAAGUUUUAAUCAAUUUAACGUGCUAUGAAAAUCAAGUGAAUAUGCAUUCUCGUGCACAGACAGAAAAGGUUCAAAAUGUGUGCCAAAUCUCUAGAUAUUUAAUUAAUCAUAUAACUUAUAGGUUCAAUAGAGCAAACCUUAAGAAUGUAAAAGUGUUUACCUGUGAGGGCGAGUCCACAUACAGCAAUUUGGUAGGACUUCAGUUCUUUUAACUUUUUUAAAAUUAUUUUUUAUCUCAGUAAAAUUUGCGUUAAAUUUGCCAAAUGUAUCAUGUACCGCUGAUGUGAUGGAAUGGGGCAUGCCACUUGAUAAUAACCCGCCGCAAAAAUACUGCGCCUCUUGCGCUUCUUAAUAAGUAUUCUCUUUACUUAUUCAUUGCUUGAACUGGACUCUUAGUUUUGAAGCUGUGAUCUAAGAAACACCAAUAUCUCUGCCGUCGCAGAGGCGAAGUUCCCGGAACUUCUUAUAAGAAUUCGCUCCAUGUAAUACUUCUCUCAAUGUAAUACACACAUUUCUUAUAUCAUUGAAUCCCUUCCAUACAGACAGCAAUACACAAUGACUUCAUAAAAUUCUCAUUCUAAAUCACUGACUCCCUCUUCCAUAGAGACAAGUAUACACAAUGACUUCAUAAAAUUCUAAUUCUAAUUCUAAAUUCUUGAUGAUUCCUACCUCUGCACAAUAAAGGGCAAACCGCCUUUGCAUCAACACAGACUUCAGGGUGAAACUUUUCUACGAGCGUCCUCUGGUUUGCUUGUUGUCCAGAAAAGCUGAAAAGACUCGCGCAGCCCAGCCAGGAGAAUCCAAAUUGUCGUGGAAAUUAGACAACACUCGCAGACUCGUCCUCUGAAGACAGUGAGUUUUCGGAGGCACCAUGGCAGAAGCUCACCAGGCGGUGGCCUUUCAAUUUACUGUCACGCCAGAUGGCAUUGAUUUGCACCUGUGUCAUGAGGCCUUACGGCAGAUCUAUCUUUCUGCCUUACACUCCUGGAAAAAGAGGUUCAUUAGGUUCAAGAAUGGUGUUAUGACUGGAGUUUAUCCUGGAAGUCCUUCUGGGCUCCUAGUUGUGGUUGGGGGUUAUUUGACCUAUACAAAGUAUGCAAAGAUAGACCCAACUUUAGGACUCUUCACUAAACUGGCCACCAAUUUACCAGUCAGUAAGUACAUAACGGAGGACACCCAGCAUAUCGUUGGUGGAAUGUUGAUUGGUACAGGGGUUUGGGUCACUGUCAUCUUUAUCAUGAGGAACAUCCUGAAAUCUCUGCUGUCCUGGCAUGGCUGGAUGUACAAUCGCCAUGGGUCCAUGUCCAUAAGUACCAAAAUUUGGCUGGUACUGGUGAAGUUGUUCUCUGGACCUAAGCCAAUGCUGUACAGUUUCCAGAGCUCAUUGCCACGCCUACCCGUGCCCCCUGUGACGGACACAGUGCAAAGAUACCUUGAAUCAGUGCGUCCUCUAAUGGAUGAUGAGAAGUACAAACGUAUGGAAGGACUGGCGAAGGACUUUGAGAAGAACUUGGGCCCCAAACUCCAGUGGUACCUGAAGCUCAAGGCCUUUUGGGCCUCCAAUUAUGUCAGUGACUGGUGGGAGGAGUAUGUUUACCUGCGAGGACGUGGACCGAUCAUGGUCAACAGCAACUACUAUGCAAUGGAUUUUUUGUACGUAUUCCCUACUAAUGUGCAAGCUGCCAGGGCGGGAAAUGCCAUUCACGCCAUCAUGCUUUACAGGAGGAAAUUAGACCGAGCUCAGAUCAAACCUGUUUACUUGCUGGAGAACAGAGUGCCGUUGUGUUCAGCACAGUGGGAGCGGAUGUUUAACACAUGUCGCAUCCCAGGCCUGGAGACAGAUAUCAUCCAGCACGUGAAUGAGAGCAAGCACAUUGUGGUUUUCCACAAGGGCCGCUUUUUCAAGGUGUGGAUGUUUUACGAUGGCCGCUUACUGUUACCCAGGGAGAUUGAGCAACAGAUGGAGAGGAUUCUGGCGGAUACGUCCAAGCCUCAGGCUGGAGAGGAGAAGCUGGCUGCACUUACUGCUGGAGACAGAGUGCCGUGGGCCAAGGCCCGCACUGAGUUUUUCAGUAGGGGAAAGAACAAGCAGUCCCUGGACGCAGUGGAGAAGGCUGCCUUCUUCGUCACGUUGGACGACACAGAGCAGCGUUACGAGCCUGAUAACCCUGUGCGCUCCCUGGACAGCUAUGCUAAAUCUCUGCUUCAUGGAAAAUGCUAUGACAGAUGGUUUGACAAGUCCUUUAACCUGAUUGUGUUUAAGAAUGGCACAAUGGGUUUGAAUGCUGAGCAUACCUGGGCUGAUGCCCCCAUUGUGGGCCACCUGUGGGAGCAUGUGUUGUCUAUGGACCCUAAAAAGCUGGGCUACACUGACGAUGGCCACUGCAAGGGCAAACCACAUCCCAAUCUGCCUGGACCCCAGCGCCUACAGUGGGACAUUUCAGAGGAGUGUCAGUCUGUGAUCAGCAGCUCUCUGGCGGUGGCUACUGCCUUAGCAGAUGAUGUAGACAUGCACAUCAUCCCCUUCAACAACUUUGGCAAAGGUUUAAUCAAGAAGUGCAAGACCAGCCCAGACGGCUUUAUUCAGAUCGCACUCCAGCUUGCUCACUUCAGGGAUAAGAGCAAGUUCUGCUUGACAUACGAGGCCUCUAUGACGCGUCUGUUCCGUGAAGGCCGCACUGAAACCGUUCGCUCCUGCACCAUGCAGACUUGCGAGUUUGUUCAUGCCAUGAUGGAUGAAAAACAGACAAGAGAGGAAAGGCUGAGGCUUCUGAAGGUUGCAGCAGAAAAGCACCAGGACCUCUAUAGAAUGGCCAUGACUGGCAAAGGCAUUGAUCGCCAUAUUUUCUGCCUCUAUGUGGUGUCCAAGUACCUGGGAGAUGACUCAGCCUUCCUCAAAGAAGUGCUGUCUGAGCCAUGGAGACUGUCUACCAGUCAGACUCCUCUACAGCAGGUAGACCUCUUUGAUUUGAAGAAGCACCCAGAGUAUAUCACCAGUGGAGGUGGCUUUGGACCGGUGGCAGAUGAUGGUUAUGGCGUGUCAUAUAUCAUUCUUGGAGAAGACUUAAUCAACUUCCACAUAUCCAGCAAGCGUUCCAGUCCAGAGACUGACUCUCACCGCUUCGGGAGCCACAUUAAGCAGGCCAUGCUCGACAUUCUUGAUCUUUUCCAGUUGGACAAGAAGGCUGUCAGCUAAACUGUUCUUCUCUCUCCAUAUAUAAAAAGGGUUUCAUUUCAUCGAAUUGCUCUACAUGUUAGAAGAUUGUAAAAAUUGUUGAUUUGUAAUUUAUGAUUGAUAAAACAAGAGAUGGGGAUAUUAAAUAUCAUCAAUAAUGCAUGGAAAAGGAGAUUAUAUUCAUGUUGUGUUCAGGUUUUAAGUGUGUAAACUGAAAGGAACUAUUCAGUGGGCCAUCGUUUAUAAUGGAUUGCACCAGCCUUCCUUUGUCUUUUAGUAAACAUGCUGAAUUUCUCAGCUUACAGAACCCAUAUCUCUUCUUUUAUAUCGAACUGAAUGGCAAUUGCAACUUCAAAAUCUAGAUAACACUCUGGGGGCAAAAACCCAAUAUCUUUUUGUGCUGUGUCAAUGCAAAGCAAAUACAAUGCAAUGUUUUUAGCUGGUAUUUUACUGUUGAACCUGAGGGACAUAUGACAGUGGCUAAGGACAGCCACUAGGGGGCGUCCUUAGAGAAUUUACGCUUGGAGCAUUUACUUGAAGGAAAUUAUUUUAAAGGUAUCAGUGUCAUUAGAUUUCUUAUAGAAGUAAGUAAUUACACCUGAUAUAAGAUUAUUAUAUAUAAUAUAGUAAAUUAUAUUACAAAUAUAUCUAUUAAAAGUGUCCAUUAAAACCAUUUCCUGUAAACACAACUCAGGCAAGUGUUUCUGAUUCUGCAUCAUGAGGUGGAAAAAACAACUAACUCUGGAUACAAGCAGUGAAAGCACAUAGCUGCUUUAUGAAUGGUUAAAAAGUCUCCAGAGUUAAACUCUUCAGGUUACUGCAAGCCUUUUCAAAUGAGUCUACAAACAAGGGAUAAAUGAAAUGUGUGUAUGCUGUUCAUUCUGAAAACAUGCUAUAUAUUUAUCUAUUGUUUUCUAUAAUUCAUGAAAAGGUUGUACCCAUGAGUUGCUUUACUUGUUUAGUCUGAAUGGAAAGUGUAACUGAACUGUGUUGUAUAUGGUAACUAAUGUAUUUAUAUGACAUUAUCCGCAGAAACAGCUGUCAUACCACAAAACAAUAAAACAUGUCAAUGUCGAAGAAGAA